AUGAGUGUGGGAAGGAUCAACCGCUACAGCAUUGUGUCAUCUGAGGAAGAGGGCCUGCGCCUCACUACCAUGCAUGGCAUGAACGGCUUUGGCAAUGGCAAGAUUCACACGCGACGCAAAUGCCGCAACCGUUUCGUCAAGAAGAAUGGCCAGUGCAAUGUGCAGUUUGCCAACAUGGACGAGAAGUCGCAGCGCUACAUGGCCGACAUCUUCACCACAUGCGUUGAUAUUCGCUGGCGAUGGAUGCUGGUAGUCUUCACGCUCGUGUUUGUCGUCUCCUGGCUGGCCUUCGGUUUAGCCUUUUGGGUCAUUGCUCUGCUUCAUGGAGAUUUGGAUAACCCAGCCGGAGAUGACAACUUUACUCCAUGCGUCCUGCAGGUCAAUGGAUUUGUGGCUGCCUUUCUAUUCUCCAUUGAAACACAGUCUACCAUAGGUUAUGGCUACCGCUGUGUGACUGAGGAGUGCCCAGUGGCUGUCUUCAUGGUGGUCUUCCAGUCCAUAGUGGGCUGCAUCAUUGACUGUUUCAUGAUCGGCGCUAUCAUGGCCAAGAUGGCAAGGCCUAAGAAGCGAGCGCAAACACUGUUGUUUAGCCACAAUGCUGUCAUUGCCAUGCGGGAUGGAAAGCUGUGUCUCAUGUGGAGGGUAGGGAAUCUUCGCAAGAGCCAUAUUGUAGAGGCCCAUGUCAGAGCCCAGCUCAUCAAACCUCGGAUAACUGAUGAGGGGGAAUAUAUUCCUCUAGACCAGAUAGACAUUAAUGUAGGCUUCGACAAAGGCUUGGACAGGAUUUUCUUGGUUUCACCCAUCACUAUUCUCCAUGAGAUAGAUGAGGAGAGCCCCUUAUUUGGAAUCAGCAAACAGGACUUGGAGACAGCAGACUUUGAGAUUGUCGUCAUUUUGGAGGGAAUGGUUGAAGCAACCGCCAUGACCACGCAGGCUCGCAGCUCCUACUUGGCCUCUGAGAUCCUUUGGGGUCACCGGUUUGAGCCAGUCUUGUUUGAGGAGAAGAACCUAUACAAGGUGGAUUACUCUCACUUUCACAAAACCUAUGAGGUGCCGUCCACCCCCCGCUGCAGUGCCAAGGACAUGGUGGAGAACAAGUUCCUAGUCCCCAGCUCCAAUUCCUUCUGCUACGAAAACGAGCUGGCCUUCCUAAAUCGAGACGAGGAAGAGGAGGAGGGUGUAGGUGGUGGGAGCAGGGCACUGGCGAACCUCAGUCCAGACCGGAACAGCCGACACGAGUUUGAACGCUUACAGGCCACCAGGGCACUUGAUCAAAGGUCAUAUCGUAGAGAGUCGGAAAUAUGA